AUGUCUACCAACAGCACCUACACAGAAGUACCUGGUGUCCAAACUACAAUCGGCACUUCCAUCCUUGAGACAGCUACAGCUGCUAUCCAAGGUUUCGGUCCUGUCAACAAAAUCCAUCAGCAUCAAUGCGCGUUUCACUUUUACUCUUACGACAUGACCCGGCAAUUGGAGGCACACCACUUUUGCGCGCACCAGAACGAGGAGAUGAGGCAGUGUCUUAUAUACGACAGCCCCGAGGACAACGCUAAGCUAAUAGGAAUUGAGUACAUAAUAUCUGAGAACCUGUUCUUGACCCUUCCGGACGAGGAGAAGCGUCUCUGGCACUCUCACGAGUACGAGGUCAAGAGUGGCUUAUAUUUCAUGCCGGGAGUACCAGGUCCCAUAGAGCGCAAAGACAUGGAGAAUGUGUGCAAGACUUAUGGUAAAGUGUACCAUUUCUGGCAAGUUGACAAAGGUGACACUCUCCCACUUGGGAUACCUCAGCUCAUGAUGUCUCUCACUAGAGAUGGCCAGAUCUAUGAUGAACUCGUCCAAAGUUGUGCGAAGCGAAUGGGGAAGGACUUUGAGAAAGAGAGAAAGAACAGGGAAUAUAUGACAGGUCCAACACAUGGAAUUCAUCCAUUGGCAAAUGGAGGAGGUAAGGGCCUCAAGACUAAGCUGAGGGAAGUCGAGCUGAAGGAUUAUCCAGCUCCCCCCUCCGCCACCAGGGUCUAUGUUUGAACAUGUUAUGCAUGUGGUAAAAAUGUAAUAUAUAUAUAAAACUACUUAUGUAUCUUCAUCUAAUAUGACAUGAUAUCAAAGCGUGGAGAGGUUCUAUAUGUCUUAAAGUUCGAUGCAUGGUCUCUAUUUGUUGUGAAGACAUUG